AUGGCUUUAUGCAGAACUUCUGGUUUCCUCUUAGUCCUCUACCUGCUGCAAGGGUCAAAUACUUCCCUGGUUCAGCUGAAUAACAAUGGCUAUGAAGAUAUUAUCAUUGCUAUCCACCCCAGUGUGCCAGAAGAUGAAAAAAUAAUUGAACAAAUAAAGAGCAUGGUGACUACAGCUUCUACUUACCUGUUUGAAGUCACAGAAAAAAGAUUUUUUUUCAAGACUGUAUCUAUAUUAAUUCCUGAGAAUUGGAAGGAAAACCCUCAAUACAGAAGGCCAAAACGUGAGAGCUUCAUACACGCUGAUGUUUUAGUUGCGCCACCCAUCUUCCCAGGUAGAGAUGGACCAUACACAAGGCACUUCACAGCUUGUGAAGAAAAGGGAGAAUUCAUUCAUUUUACCCCUGACUUUGUACUGGGAAAAAAACAAGAUGAAUAUGGACCAUCAGGCAGAGUGUUUGUCCACGAGUGGGCCCAUCUCCGGUGGGGAGUGUUUGAUGAGUACAAUGAAGAUAAGCCUUUCUACAGUGCUAAGUCAAAAAAAAUUGAAGCAACAAGGUGUUCCAUAAGUAUCUCUGGUAAAAAUAGUGUUCAUAAGUGUCAAGGAAACAGUUGUAUAACCAGAGCAUGCAGAAUUGAUUCUCAGACAAAACUGUAUGAAAAAGAUUGUCAAUUCUUUCCUGAUAAAGUUCAAAAGGAAAAGGCAUCCAUAAUGUUUAUGCAAAGCAUUAAUUCUGUGGCUGAAUUCUGUAAUGCAAAAAACCAUAACCGAGAAGCUCCAAAUCUACAAAACAAUAAAUGCAAUUUCAGAAGCACAUGGGAGGUGAUUAGCAAUUCUAAGGAUUUUAACACCACCACACCUAUGGUAGAACCACCCCCUCAACCUGCCUUUUCAUUGCUGAGGAUCAGUGAAAGAAUUGCAUGCUUGGUUCUUGAUAAAUCCGGAAGCAUGUCGAAUUCUAAUCGCCUGGAUCGACUGAAUCAAGCAGCCAAACACUUCCUGCUGCAGACCAUUGAAAAUGGAUCCUGGGUCGGAAUGGUUCAUUUUGAUAGCUAUGCCAAUAUCAAAAGUCAGCUAAUCCAAAUAAUAAGCAACAAUGAAAGAAACAAGCUUGUGGAGAGCUUACCUACAACAGCUUCGGGAGGCACUUCCAUCUGCUCUGGAAUUGAAGCAGCAUUUCAGAUGAUUAGAGGGAAGUUCAACCAAACAGAUGGAUCUGAAAUAAUGCUACUGACUGAUGGGGAAGACAAUACUGUAAAGAACUGUAUGGAUAACGUAAAUAAAAGUGGGGCAAUUGUUCAUUUAAUUGCUUUGGGACCAUAUGCUGAUGAAGCAGUAAUCAAGAUGAGCAAUAUGACAGGAGGAAGUCAUUACUAUGCUUCUGAUAAAGCUCAGAACAAUGGCCUUAUUGAUGCUUUCGGGGCACUUGCAUCAGGAAAUGCCGAUCUCUCCCAACAGACUCUCCAGCUUGAAAGUAAAGGAUUAACCCUCACCAGUGAUGUUUGGAUGAAUGGCACUGUGAUCAUUGAUAGCACAGUGGGAAAGGACACAUUCUUCCUUGUCACAUGGGAUAAACAGCCUCCCAGAAUUUCUCUCUGGGAUCCCAAUGGAACACUGAUGGGAGCAUUCACAGAGGACAGAGUUUCCAAAAUGGCUUAUUUUAGUAUUCCAGACAUUGCAAAGGUGGGCAUUUGGAUUUACAGUCUUCAAGCCAAAGUAAACUCAGAAACAUUAACUAUUACAGUAACUUCUCGGGCAUCAAAAUCUUCUGUGCCUCCAAUCACAGUGAAAGCUAAAAUGAAUAAAGACACAAACAGCUUCCCCAGCCCAAUGAUUGUUUAUGCAGAAAUUCAACAAGGGUACUUACCCGUUCUUGGAGCUAAUGUGACUGCCUUCAUUGAAUCAACGAAUGGGAAAAUAGAAACUUUGGAACUUUUGGAUAAUGGUGCAGGUGCUGAUUCUUUCAAGAACGAUGGGGUCUACUCCAGGUAUUUUACAUCUUAUACAGAAAAUGGCAGGUAUAGCUUAAAAGUACGGGCUCAAGGAGGAACAAAUGUUGUCACACGAAGCUUGGGGCAUCCACUGAAUAAAGCUCUGUAUAUACCAGGCUGGGUGGUGGAUGGGAAAAUUGAAGGGAACCCAGCAAGACCAGAAAUAAAUGAGGAUACUCAGACAACCUUGGAAAGUUUCAGCAGAACAGCAACUGGAGGUGCAUUUGUGGUUUCUAAUGUUCCAAAUUAUCCCUUGCCUGAUGUGUACCCACCAAGUCAAAUCACAGACCUUGAUGCCAAACCUGAUGGGGAUCAGAUAACUCUAACAUGGACAGCACCAGGAGAUAAUUUUGAUGUUGGAAAAGUUCAACAAUAUAUCAUAAGAGUAAGUGGAAGCAUCCUUGAUCUAAGAGACAACUUUGAUGAUGCUCUUCAAGUAAACACGACUGAUCUGUUACCAAACGAAGCCAACUCCAAGGAAAUCUUUGCAUUUAAACCAGGAAAUAUCUCAGAAGAAAAUGCAACACAUAUAUUCAUUGCUAUUCAGAGUGUAGAUAAAAGCAAUUUGACAUCAAAACUAUCUAACAUUGCACAAGUUGCUUUGUUUAUUCCGCAAGCAGAUCCAAGUCCUGAUGAAAAUCCUCAGAAUCCUCAUCCUGAUGAAAAUCCUCCUGAUAAUCAUAAAACCGGAGUUAACAUUUCUACUUUGGUGUUGUCAGUGGUUGGAUCUGUUGCAGUUGUUAGUAUUAUUUUAAGUACCACCAUUUGCAUUUUAAAGAAGAAAAAAAAUACAAAUAGACCUAGGACUGGGUUUUAA